AUUUUAGAAUGUCUGUCACAAGAAACAGACGUAUAUCUCUCGGCUCACCCAAGGAUCUGAAGGAAGUGAAAUUUUUUGAUGAGGAGCCAAUACCUGACGUCCCACCCAAAGGAGCGAGAAUCAAGGUCUGCUAUGCUGGCGUAUGCCUUACCGACCGUGAAGUAACGAAUACCAAACAAGCGCGGGUCACCAAUGGAAUCAAAGAUACAAGUCUUUUCCCAGGAUAUGAAGUAUCCGGUGUAGUUGAAUCAUUUGGAACAGAGUGUAAUCAAGAAGAAUAUGAUCUCAAGAUUGGAGAUAAGGUGAUUGUAUGGCCUACGGAUGAAAUGUGCAGUCAUGGGUACGCCGACUAUGUGGCCGUGCCCACUCUGCAUUUCCUUGUAAAGAUCCCAGACUCACUUUCGAUGCAUGUCGCUUCUAUACUCCCUGCUGGUGCUACUUGGGCUCUAAGUGCAGUUCUUCAGGCUCGACCUAUCGUGGAAGCAUUCUCACAGUCUAAAGGUUUCUGCAAUAUCUUGAUUGUUGGAGCUGGUGGCCUCGGUCUUUGGCUUUUGAAAUUAGCUAAGCAUUUUCUUGUGGCAGGGCAUGACAGAAAAAUCCGUUUGAUGGUUGCUGAUGCAAAAGAAGAACGACUUUGUUUAGCUGAAAGGAAUGGAGCUGACUUUGUUGUGCACUGGGAUGAUUCCGAAUUCGAAGAGUAUUUGAUAAUGCGUACGAAGGAUGUAGCUCGAACAGGAGUCAAUGUUGUAUUCGAUUUUGUCACUUCUCCAAGAACUGUCACGCGUUCACUCAAAUGCCUUGCAGAGGGAGGUGUGCUGUUUGUUGGUGGUCUUUCCGGCUUAGAUGUUCAACUUCCAAUCAAACUGGUGGCAAAGAACAGAUUAGCAAUAAUGGGUGUGACUAGAGGAAGUAUUGAGCAGCUGAAGAAUUUGGUCCAUCUUAUCGCCGGAGGACAGAUCGAAGCACCUGAUUAUCGAGUGUAUCCUAUGAAUCAGGCCUCACAGGUACUGAAGCAAUUGUCGAUGUCAGAAGUUGAAGGACGGGCGAUUCUGGAAGUGUGCGAUCCUGAGGCAGCUCUCGAUCCUUCUAAGGCUGCAGCUUGAAUAAGUUUAGAAAAUGAGCGUUCUCUAUCUGGGAAGAGUAGGGCAAUUUGCGUUGAUAGCUCAAAUACUUGUGUCGACUCGUCAUGCUCUGUUGAUUUGAUGUUCUCCCUCAUUUUGAUAAGAUUUCCUUGAUCGAUCAUGUAUUUUG